GAUUCUGUAAAAGAGUUACACUUAGACUCGAAUCAACAUAUUGUUGAAGGAUCAAUACCAUCAAAUUUAGAAAUGUUAGUUAUAACAUCAGCCUUCAAAAGAGAGAUACCAAUAAACUCAUUACCGAACUCAAUAAAGAAAAUUUUUUUUUGUGGUCAAUAUAACGAAAAUAUUAGAAAAGGAUCUUUUCCAAAUGGCCUAAAAUCUCUAAGCCUAAUGACAAAUAGAAAUACCCCAUUUAAACUUGAAAUUGGGUCCCUACCAGAUUCUUUAGAGUCUAUCGAGUUUAGCUAUGGUUUCAGUCAGAGUUUAAUAGUUGGAGUUUUACCAUUAAAUUCUCUUACAUAUCUAGAUUUUGGUAAUGACUUUAAUACACCCAUUGAUAUAGCUGGAGUAUUACCAUCAAGCUUAAAGGUAUUAAAACUAGGUCAAUCAUUCAAUCAACCAAUAUUACCAAAUAUUAUACCUUUUGGAGUGGAGCGUAUUGAAAUGGCAUUCUUUUUUGUUGAAACUUUAAUCGAAGGUUCUAUUCCCAAAUCUGUAAAAUAUCUCUGUUUUGAAAAUGGCUUUAAUGAUUUCCCAAACCAUUUCAUACCAUCAACAAUUCAAUAUUUGGACCUUGGUUUUAAAUUUAACAAAAUUUUAAAAAGAGAACAUUUUUCAAGAGAUCUAUCUUCAAUUUCAGGUAACCCUAAUUUAAAAGUUUUAAUAUUUGGUGAUAGUUUCAAUAUAAAAAUCAACAGGGACUUUUAUUUGCCACCUAGUAUCAUUUCUAUAAAAUUUGGUAGCAGCUACAAUCAACUAUUUGAUGAAUCUAUCGAACAAUUUCCAUCCUCUCUUUUAAAAAUAGAACUGGGUGUGGGUUUUAAUCAACCAUUAAAUCAUUUAUCA